UAUAAAGGGGCCUUCUACAAAGAUCGUCGUCAUGGUAAAGGAGAAUACACAUGGCCAGACGGCUCAAAGUUCACGGGAACAUUUUUUAUGGACAGGAAGGAAGGCUAUGGAGUCUUUACAUUCUCCAAUGGCAGUAACUUUGAGGGACUUUACAGAGAUGAUGAGAGAAUGGGACCAGGAGUCAUGACCUAUGCAGACAAUACUCAAGAUAUUGGUUUGUGGCUCAAGGAGAAACUAGUCAAAAUAUGUACUCCGAUAAGUAAUGCCUUCACCAUACAGAACCACAAGCAGUUUGUGUUCAGUCCAGAGGAACAUGUUCUUUAUAUUAAUAUGAACGAAGAAGAGAAGAAGUCAGAAUCUACAGACAAGGACCGUAAGCAGGACAUAUUUGACCUAUUACCAGAGAACCAGUUAACGGACAAGGUGACUGAAAUGUACAACGAGACAUUAGAUCCCGCUAGUCUGGCCAUAAACAGAUCUGAAUUCUGUCACAAGUUCUUUGAAGACCAGGAUGGAGAGAAGUCUGAUGGUGAUGAGAAAGUUCUAGCCAUUAAUCGCACUCCUGGAAUGAUUGACAUACAAAGACAUGUUUACCGGCAUAGAAAUGGGCAGAAGAAUGUCUCCUUUGAUGUUGAGGAGAUAAUGAAGGGAAACAGGGCAGGUAACUUUCUGAAGAGAGGUCCAAUAGAGGCUGCAUCUGAAGAACUGAUCAUGGCAGCCACGGAUGGGGAUGUUAAGAAGGUGGAAGAUCUCCUGACUUCUGGCAAAGUCCACCCUGAUGUUGCUGACAAAAAUGGCCACACUGCACUCAUUGGUGCCAGUGUUAAUUGGCAUACAGAUGUUAUCAACGUAUUGUUAAACAAUGGGGCCAAUGUGAACCAGCUAAAUGACGAGGGGUGCUCAGCCCUGUCUGCGGGCACUAUUUUCUUCUAUCCUAUAGAGGGAUUUAGAUAUAAUAUAGCAGAGAGGUAUCUAGAGGUACCAGCAACAUUGUCAGAAAAAGAGAAAAAGUCAUCCAUUAGCCGCAGUAAGGCUACCCCUAGUAGAAACAAAUCUAAUGCCAGCCCCACAAAACAGAAGACAAAGUCCUCCCUUGCUGAGCCUCUGUCGGGUGGCAGUAAUGUAGAGGAUAGAGGUCCGAGUCCAAUAGCCAAGCCCCAGGUCCGAAUCCUGGAACCUGGGAGUCAGAGUGAUCAGGGUGGAGAAAUGACAGACUCUGGUGAAUCACAGCAGAAGACAAAGGAAGACCCAGAUAGUGUGGAUUUUGAUUCCACGGCCACAUUACGUGAUUACCACAUUGAGGUCUCAGAUAGGAUGAUUGAAAGGUGUGCCACACAGCUCAGUACUAACGAGAUGAUUGUAGGGGGAAGGCGAUCCCACAACAGCGCAGACCUAGGGAGAGUCAGGAAUCUCGCUGUCAUCAAAAAAGAGAGAGAAAGAAUGAAGAGCACUUUAGAUUUACUUUUAAAACGAGGUGCAGAUCCCAAUGCUUCAGGGGUGCCUAUGCCAGUUUUGUUCUUUGCGAUUAAAUCUGCUGAUGUUGAGGUGGUGAAAACCUUAUUAGAGAAGGGUGCUUCUACUGCUAUCACCCUCCCAAAAGAGAAAGGUGGCCUAGCCCCCUUACACAUAGCUGCUGCUAUACCAGGAGAGGAGGGGGUACAGAUCACAGAGCUACUUCUGGGGGCGGGGGCCAAUCCUGACGUCAGGGCCACGGAGGACGACUCAUUCCUCAACAGAACUCUAGAGGAAGAGUGGUCUAAGGAUGUCAUUCUGCCAGAAAGUCAGGAACUGCUAGGGGGACGGACACCUUUACAGAUUGCAUGUGCCAGAGAUGACAAUUAUAAGAAUGCGUGCCGAGUUGUUCACCUGCUUUUGGAUCACAAAGCUAAUCCAAACCUUUUAUGUAAUGGUUUUUCUGCUCUAGCCCUGUCCAUUGCCAGUGGUAAUGAUUUGGCUAUAGAUGAACUUCUAGCGUACUACUGUGACCCCAGCCUGCCUCUGACACACGGAGUGGGAAGUGCUCUGUGUGCUGCUACUUCUACCGAGUACGAGUACAGGCGCAAAAAUAUCAAUCAAAGACUUCAUCUUAUCGAUAAAUUAGUGAAGGCUGGAGCGAACAUUUUGUCCCCUAUACCUAUUGGACCCAAGAGAAUAAUAGGAACUGCUGUGGAUUAUGCUUACUACAUGUUCAAUCAGGAUCGUCGUAUAUCGCACAUGCCAUUUCACGCUCUCUCACACAGUGAGAGGGCUACAUACCAGGCAAGGAAAAAAUUACUGGAGCAUAUUGGUAACAUAUUAAGAACUAAGGCUGUAGAGAGAGAGAAAAUGCGCAUGGAUGAAGAAGUCAGUUCAGGAAGAAGAAGUAGAAGUCCCAGCCCAGGGUUUGUCUAUAUCGGAGCUGGAGCCCCUCUACCACCUGAUGCCAAACUUCCAAAGUCUCUCAAGAGAGUUGACACAGGGGAAGGGGAAAUGUCCAAGGUCACCUUUGAGUCCAAGAAUCCCACUGUGGGGCGAGGUUAUCCAGAACGGGAACCAGCAAAUCUACCAGCCAGGAAGCCAUUGUUUAAAUACUGUUAUGAAUGUGGCCGUUCUGUCGGGGUGCGUUUGUCUGCCUGUACCAGGUGUAAGGAAGUUUACUACUGUGGAAAAUCGUGUAAACUAGCAGCAUGGAAAGCCAGACACAGCGAGGAGUGCAUAAGGGUCGGAGGUGUCGCGUACAGUACAAGUAUGUCAUGGGACGAAGGGAGAUCAAGAAGUCCCAGCCCAUCAGGUCGUGCUGCCAGGAAAGACAGUCCCACCCCAGCCACUGACGUGAAGGGCAAAAAAACUACAGUAGCAGAGCUCACCAAGACCAAACAGGCAAUUAAUGUGCCAGUGAAAGGGAACAGUAAAAGUGCUAAAGGAGUUAGAGGGGGUCAGAAGGAGGGAGACAGAAGAGUUCAGUCAGAGAGACUUUACCGACACUGGAGCCCCCCACCUGGAGUUAAAGUGGACAACUAUAGUUAUGUCUGAUGCAGUGUUUUAUCAUUAGAUCUCAAACUCAUCUCAUAACCCUUACAUUAUUUAUCUGGGGUAGCAAUUAAUAUAUAAAACCUUCAGGGCAGUGGACCCCCAACUUUAACAGUGUAAAUAGCCCACAUUAGCCCACGUUGAUAUUGUGGGGCCUUUGAUUUUCUGAGUUUUUGGUUAAACAAAAUCUUGAUGUAUCAUAAUCUCUUAGAGGUUCACUUGGCUGUACUCAGUCUUUCAUUUUCCUGCUGAUUUACUUUUAUGAAAUUCCAUGUUUUCCUUCAUUUUGAGUCGAUCCUCACCUAGUCAUAAUGUGGAAAGAUUGGGGGGUUUUAGGUUGGAAACAGUGAAUUUGAAAGUGUAUUAAAAGUACAACCAAAUUGUUGUCAUGUUUUGGUAAGAUGUCUGAUGUCUGCCAUUUGCAACCCCAUUUUAGGAUCAUGAAUUUCUGUAAUGAGUGCUAACUGCUGAUACCCUUAAAGUUUGUUUUAAAUUUUAUCUGUUCUUGGUAGAUAUACAGGAAUAUAAUAUUGUCAGCACCAAUUCCGUUAACACUGUAGUCAGUCAUUUGCUCAAUGUUCAUCUUAGUCUGAAUUUAAAAGAAAAAAAAUUGUCUGAAAUAAUUCUGUAAAUGUUUUAUUCCAUGUUCACCCAAAAACAUAUAAGUUUGUUGGGUUUUUUUUAUAUAAAUAGCAAAUAAAAGAAAAUUAUAAUUAUAAUAAUAACCAAUUGCAGAUAAUUUCUUUAUACUAACUUUAGAUGCAGUAUUAUAAUAAUUAGAUUAAAUCAAAUUGUAUUUCUUUAGUUUUUUGAGAAAGAAGGGACGAGGACUCAUUUGCAUAUAACCAUGCUACUUAAAUUAUUUAUGAUAAGCAAGUCUAGCAUUAUGAUUUCAAAGUUUUAUUAGUAUUCAUCUUGUUAUAUCCAAAAUGUAUGUAUUCCCACUGGUAGCUCCUCCGAUGUAUGUAUUCCCACUGGUAGCUCCUCCGAUGUAUGUAUUCCCACUGGUAGCUCCUCCUAUGUAUGUAUUCCCACUGGUAGCUCCUCCUAUGUAUGUAUUCCCACUGGUAUCUCCUCCAAUGUAUGUAUUCCCACUGGUAGCUCCUCCGAUGUAUGUAUUCCCACUGGUAGCUCCUCCGAUGUAUGUAUUCCCACUGGUAGCUCCUCCGAUGGCUCCUACUGCACACUGACCUCGAAUGUGAACGGUGUCCUACAAUCUUGCUGAUUCAGUCAUGUGAUCUUAUUUGAAUUUCUUUCAAAAAAUUAUAAUUUUGAAAUCAUUGUUACUUUGUGGCGUACUCAACACUAUGUUUGCUUUCAAAGACCACUAAUAUAUGGUUGUGAUCAAAACUUUCUAGCGGAGAAUGUUAUCAAUUUGAUGCAUAUUCCUCCACCAAUCACAUUUGAGGUUUGAAUGGAGCAUAGCGUUGACAGCCGAGGGGUGUUGAUUGGUUGAAAUCGGGUACACAUCAUUAUUUACUUUCGGGUUAUCAACUGAUUUUUUUUUAAAUUUGAUAUACAGGAAACACUGCCGUCUAGCUGUAGUAUGCAUAUGAUCAUGAAUAAACUGCUGACUAUUUUUUUUAUUGGCUCGCUGGCGUCAAAGGCUUCAUUAAGCCUUUUUUAAAAUUAAAAUAUUGUGUAUUUUUUACAUGAUCAUAUUUUUUUUCAUUUUAAUUUAUGCUAUAAUGAUAUAUAAUAAUUUGAUUUAUUUACGAUAACUGCAGUUUUGUACAAUAUGACCAAACUUGCCUCAGCAAUUUCUUGCUCAUAUUCAGUAUUCAUACAUGUAGAUUCCUAGAUUGCCUGUGCAGCUUCUACAAACUCCAGGAUUUAUAGGGGUGGGAGUAAAAUCAAAAUAAGUGGCUUGCAACUGACAUAAAAAGAAUGCCUUAAAUAUUUCAGCAUUAACUGACAUCUACACUGUGCCUUAUUUUACAUACAUGCAAAAUCAAAUUAAAAUUUCUGGUUUUAUGACACUUGUUCACACUGAGGAAAGUCCUGGCUAAUAACUAGGGCUGUUAUAUUCAUAGGUUAAUUGUCUUUAACUAUUCACUUUUUUAAUUUUCACUAGGUCAACCUUGUACAGUAAUGCUGUUUGAUUUGAUAGAUAUAGAACAAAGAUAGUAUUUAUUUCUAUGUACAAUUUAAGAUUUGUAGUAUAUGUAUUUUGUAUAUAUAGUAAUGUGUCAAAAGAGAUGUGAACUGUGAUAUUUAUUUAUUUGCAUUUAUGUUUACAUUUUAUAUUUUUAUGACAAAGUUAUUAUACAUUUAUUUUGA